AUGCAUCGGAAACCGUGUGUAACGAGAAAAAGUAAGUCUCUUGCGGAAGGGUCUGGUUGUAUGAAGCCUAAUUCUGUGUUGAAAUCAUGUUUGUGGAGACUUUGCGUCGUAACGUCAGGCAUUGAUCGAUACGGGUUCACUCUGCAAGGAUUAUUCGACGAUUUCUCUAAACUCUUGAUGAAAUAUGUAUUUCAAAAAAAAAUCUACACACUUUCUUUCUAACUGGGAGAUGGGAACGAACUUCGGCAAUGGGCCCAUAUUGUUUUAAAAUAGAAUUUUUAAUCUACUGGUGUUAUUGUUUUAUUUUAUUGUAAAUUACGUGUUCGUAUUUUUUUCAAAACUCGUUUGGCCCGGGUCACCCUGAGAAUUUACGCCCCGAGGCGGGAUUUUUGACCGACUUCUUGCUACCCCAAACUAAACCCCAUUGACGCAAACCAAACUUGGUUUUAGUGGUUUUAGGCCAUACUGUCAGAUUCCACGGAACCUGGAGUUAUCCACGAUGUGUCAACUCGAUGGAAUUUAUGGAGAGAGAGAGAGAUGUCCCCCGUGUCAACUGUUUCCCCAGCUGUUUUUCCCCGAUGUUCGAGAAUGUUCGAUGUAGGGAUCCACAGCAUUCCGAGGUUUUUUGCCGCCACCGAUCGGUGCCGAUUUUCGCUCAAAAUGACAACAGGGCUGCGCGCCUCGGCUGAUAACUAGCUAGCCCAAAAACGAAAAGGAGUAAAAAUUGAUUUCCAGAUAGAGGGAAAAAAGACCUAUCCAAUGAUAUAAAUAGGUCCUAUUGACUUUCUUCCCACAAUGAUCUUUUUCGCCUACAAAAUUACAAAUUUUUUUUGUUUAUUCAUGGAUAAAUGCACUUUAUGAGGGCAUAAUUAAAAAAAAAUGGUACCACUCGAUGGCAAAUAGCCUCUUCUAUGACAUAUCCAAAAAUAAGGGAAAUUCUGGCCCUUAGGGCACUACAAAAUCAAAAAAAUAGCGUAUUUUACGUGUUUUUGCAUAUUUUUCGGGAUUUUUUGCACCGGAUGCACAAAAAUGAAAAAUCGGCUGUUAUAGCGUUGUAGUGCACACUCGAUUACAUAUAUCUGCCAAAUUUCACAUUUUCAUCUUUACUCCACUUUGUGUUCUGAGCCGGUUUAGGUGUUAAGGCAACAUCGCUGCAUAGGGCAAUGCCGGAUGCCGAUUUUAAAAAAAAAUUUUUAUUUUUGAGACAUAUUACGUUCAUAUCAAUAUUAGAAACUGAUUUUUGCUCAAGAUGACAAAACGCCCUUUCAUAAAUUCACGUAAUGACACCAACGUGUUUGAGUUCAACAUGACGAAAAUAAGGGAUUUUUUGUUUCAGGACUAGUAUUUAGGUGACAGCAGACCUGCCAGAAUAUGCUGCGACGUUUAUUUGACAGCGUUUAUUUAUUAUUAACAGCUACGUUAUCCGGAUGCAGCGACGUCCCGUAACACGUUGCACAUAUGCGAUUAUACUUAAAUUUGCGUUAUAUACAUGACGUUCAAAGUCAACACGACUGAGAAGACAGAAAAAAUUUUUAAAAUCGGCAUCCGGCAUUGCCCUAUGCAGCGAUGUUGCCUUAACACCUAAACCGGCUCAGAACACAAAGUGGAGUAAAGAUGAAAAUGUGAAAUUUGGCAGAUAUAUGUAAUCGAGUGUGCACUACAACGCUAUAACAGCCGAUUUUUCAUUUUUGUGCAUCCGGUGCAAAAAAUCCCGAAAAAUAUGCAAAAACACGUAAAAUACGCUAUUUUUUUGGAUUUUGUAGUGCCCUAAGGGCCAGAAUUUCCCUUAUUUUUCGAUAUGUCAUAGAAGAAGCUAUUUGCCAUCGAGUGGUACCAUUUUUUUUUAAUUAUGCCCUCAUAAAGUGCAUUUAUCCAUGAAUAAACAAAAAAAAUUUGUAAUUUUGUAGGCGAAAAAGAUCAUUGUGGGAAGAAAGUCAAUAGGACCUAUUUAUAUCAUUGGAUAGGUCUUUUUUCCCUCUAUCUGGAAAUCAAUUUUUACUCUUUUUCGUUUUUGGGCUAGCUAGUUAUCAGCCGAGGCGCGCAGCCCUGUUGUCAUUUUGAGCGAAAAUCGGCACCGAUCGGUGGCGGCAAAAAACCUCGGAAUGCUGUGGGAUCCCGAAGCGGAGAGCCUGAAUCACGACACUGUAACCUUCCCCGAGGUUUUAUCCCAUCUUGAUCAGUUAUAUUUUUAUGAGUUGUUGUAG